GAGGGUGUGCUGUUGUGGAUAGACCACAGAAGAAGUAUCCCAGCGUACACUGCUACUGAGUCCUACGUUACCAAACAACUACCAAAGCAGCCUGGGCCCUGAAUGUGAGUUUAUCGCCGUGAAUCAGACUGUGUGGCCGUCACCCAUUUAAGGAUGAGCCUGCGGACCCUCCUGAGCUCCUCUGCCUUGAUCGCCAUGUUAGGGCUCGGCUAUGGGAUGUGGGCUUUGAUAUCUCCCGGAGAAGAGAGAAGGAGAGAGCUUGUCAAGAAUCUGCCUGAAUCAAAUCCACUGAGAAUGGACGAGACGAGGAAGAGGAACGCUCUGGUGAUGCAGGCACUGAAGGAUGCAGCUGAAACCGAUGAAAAUAUUGCGAGCAGGAUGGGACGCCACAGAUAGACAGGCUCCGCCUUUGGACCUUUAUCAAAAUCUCCAAGUACUAAUAGAUUGACAUGUAAUGUUUUCAUUGUAUGUGACGACAAUUUACCAUUGGAUGUAAGAAAAAGAUAUUAAAGGUUUAUUGAAACAGUGAUGAUCAAGACA